CCCAGCCCGGACCCCGGCCCGGAACCCGCAUCGCCGGGAACGGCUCCCGGCCUCGGGCGGUUGGGCGGCGAGGAGGCCGGACCGGGCCCGGGUAGCCCGAGCCCGGAGCCUACCCCCCGGCGAGCAGGCCCCGGCCCUGGAGUCUCGGCCGCGAGGGAACUUGGGAGGAAAGUUGGCGCUGGUGGCGGGGCGUUGGGCCUAGGUCCCGGGCGGCAGCCGAGACCCCGCGUCGCCAGGCAACUGUGGUCCCAGCCAGACCUGCCGCCGCAGCCGGAAGUCGGGUUCGGGGCGAACUCGGAGGCCGGGGCGCCUGCUGGCCUCGGUCGCUGUCGGGGUCAUCCAUACGGUGGGCUCGCCGGCCGGGGGGGCAUUUGGACCCCUCGCUUCACUCGCAUAUUUGAGCAGCUCUUACCUGAGGUGAUGAUGACAUGUAGCAGUUGUUCCAGGAUGGCCAGAAGCACCUUAUAGUUGCUUCAUCCACGUGGUCUUCGCAACAACCUGCGAGACCAGUGCUGACAUGAGCCUCCACUGCGAGACCAGUGCUGCAUGCCACUCACGUGGCAGCUGAGGAAUGGAGAGGCGAAGUAACGUACUCUACAUCCCGCAGCAAUCUGCACCACCUAUUGGAUUUCACCCCACAAAGCUCCCCGUGUGAAGCACCUGACACCGUCCAUGUAGACCAGGCAAUGAUUCAGUAGGAGACUGCAGGUCGGGGCAGGGCUCCUGGCUGCCGAGGAUGAACGGGGACGAGGAGUUCUUUGAUGCCGUCACAGGCUUUGAUUCUGAUAACUCUUCUGGGGAAUUUUCAGAGGCCAGUCAGAGAGCCCCCGGAGGGCUGCCUGUGGACACCAGCAAAAGCAACGGCAUUGGGGAAGCUGGGGAGAGGCCCCCGCAGGAGAAUGGGAUUCAGAGACACAGGACGUCCUUGCCGGCCCCGAUGUUCACCAGGAGUGACUUCAGUGUGUGGGGGAUCCUGAAGAAGUGCAUCGGCCUGGAGCUGUCCAAGAUCACGAUGCCCAUUGUCUUCAACGAGCCCCUGAGCUUCCUGCAGCGGAUCACGGAGUACAUGGAGCACAUCUACCUCGUCCACAGAGCCUCCCGCCAGCCCCAGGCCCUGGAGAGGAUGCAGUGUGUGGCUGCCUUUGCGGUGUCGGCGGUGGCUUCCCAGUGGGAGAGGACUGGCAAGCCGUUCAACCCACUCCUGGGAGAGACAUACGAGCUGAUCAGGGAAGACCUAGGGUUCAGGUUCAUAUCUGAGCAGGUCAGCCACCACCCCCCUGUGAGUGCAUUUUACUCCGAAGGUCUCUGUCAGGACUUCCUGUUCCACGGCUCCAUCUACCCGAAGCUCAAGUUCUGGGGGAAGAGCGUGGAAGCGGAGCCCCGGGGCACCAUCACACUGGAGCUUCUCAGACACAAUGAGGCCUACACCUGGACCAACCCUACCUGCUGUGUGCACAACGUGAUUAUCGGGAAGCUCUGGAUAGAGCAGUACGGGACGGUGGAAAUCCUAAACCACAGGACUGGAGACAAGUGUGUGCUUCACUUCAGACCGUGCGGGUUGUUUGGAAAAGAGCUUCACAAAGUGGAAGGACACAUUCAAGACAAAAACAAAAAGAAGCUGUUCAUCAUCUACGGCAAGUGGACGGAGUGUUUGUGGGGCAUUGACCCUGCGGCGUACGAGUCCUUCAGGAAGCAGGAGCGGAGGGGCGAGCCCCCGAGGAAGGCACAGUCGGGCAUCAGCAUGGAGGACGCUGACACUGAAGUGGUGGACGCCGUGCCUGAGGUCCAGGACACUGUGCAGGUCAUUCCAGGCAGCAGGCUCCUCUGGAGAAUCAAUACCCGGCCCCCCAACUCUGCCCAGAUGUAUAACUUCACCAGUUUCACUGUUAGUCUCAAUGAACUGCAGACGGGCAUGGAGAAGAUCCUGGCCCCCACAGACUGCCGUCUGCGUCCCGACAUCCGCAGCAUGGAGAACGGCAACAUGGGGUUUUUGAACAAGGGAGACCAGGAGGGUCACCACCCACCUGACUCCUCACCCAGCCAUGUGUGCUUGGGCCUAGAUCUGGCGAGCCAGGAGAAGGAGCGGCUGGAGGAGAAGCAGAGGGAAGCCCGGAGGGAGCGGGCCAAGGAGGACACAGAGUGGCAGACAAGGUGGUUCCACCAGGGCAGGAAUCCGCACACUGGGACCCCCGACUGGCUGUACUCAGGGGGCUACUUCGAGCGGGAUUUCUCAGGCUGCCCGGACAUCUACUGAUGUGCCCUGGGACCCAGACCCCUGCCAGGCUGGACCCCGCCACGGGCUCCUCUGAGCUCUGGGUACGGCAGCACCAGCCUUUCUAAGGACCAUGUUCACGGAGAAAGCGCCAUCCCGGCUGAGGACUCAAUCCUAAUUAACUUUUGAUUGCCAACCAUUCAUUACUGUUGCCGUCUCUUCAUAAAGCUUCCCUUGGGAUCAUCAUGUUUUCAUUAAGAUUUGAGAAGGAACAUUCUUCAGCUCCUUUAUGUGACGUGCCAGCUGGGGCAUCUCAACUGGCAGCAGCCUGAUGACCAAUUAGAAACUAGCGGAAGGAACAGCAAGGAGGGGCCAUGUUCCUCCUCAGAGUGCAGCGUUACGAGUGUCCAAAAGUAGUUUAAAUUGGAACCAAUAACAGAAAAGACAGAUCUUGAAACUAACCCUGCAGUGAGCUCUCUGCGGCCAGGAACGCUGUCUGCGCCGGGAACAAAGUGAGUGUUUCAGAGCGUCGGAUUAAAUGACAUGGGUCGCUGUCGGGUUCUGUGUUUUCUUGCCAACUUUCAAUGAUGUAAAGAUAACUUUUAUAUAUUUAAGUUAAAGCUGCUUGACUAGGAUUUGCUGAAGAGCAAGACAUGCAUUAAUCUCCAGCUGUAUACGCAAAAGGAAGCAUUGCCAUGACAGGGGUCCAGAAACAUGGCAAGUUGUUGACCAAGUCCCCAGACGGCUCCCAGCUUUGAAGGGAGCCCUGCCUCUGACCCUGUCUGCUCUUUUCACCAGGGCUGCACUGUCACUGCAGGCCAAACCAUGUCACAAAACAAGUCAUUCAUUAGAACAUUUGGUCUGUAACCACAGCACUGUGUCCUUGUUUUCCCAGCAUGCGUGUUUGAAACACAGGAUACAGGAGGCCACACCUGGUGUGCACUGGGGGGUCAGAGCAGAGGCUACUUACAGGUGAAUUAGGGUUAUUGUACAGAACACAGGUGUGCAUCCAUCUCUGCACAUGUCCUGAUCAGGUGACUGUUUUCUUUCUGUAGAAAUAUCAACACGUAGAUCAUGGUACCACUCUCUGAAUGGAAGACAAUCUGCUGCAUGCGGGCGCACACACACAAACUCACACGUGUGCACACAUGCAUGUGUGUACAUGCGUGCUCUCACAUGCAUACCCACAUGUGUGCACAUGUACACACGCACACAUGCACACACAGUUGUAUGGAGUGGUGGGUUCCCUCUGAGAGGGUGUCACUGUUGUGUGUCCAGGCUUCAGAAUCACAUUUGUAAUUAAAACUUUUGAAAGCGAA